AUGCCAAAUCCCCAAUUACACGUGGGAACGGAGAAUGGGUCACACGCGGCUAGUAGCGCGUGGAAGCAAAGACACCCAUGGAGAGACGGUAGAAGAAAUCGAAUCCGGGAGAUUCAUGGUUUCAUUGGGACAGUCUAUGGCAACGAUCUCACCGCCGUUUUCAUCUCCAUCGGGUCUUCCGAGGUCUCAACACACUUCUCCCGGUUCCUAUUGGAUCCAAUUUCUCUUCCUCUUCCUCGGAUUCGGCUUAGCAUGCUCACGGGUUUACAACAUGGUAUCCUGGCAAUGUGGUUCCGUACGAGGGUGUAUUGUCUGAAGACGAAAAAGGUCGAAGAAGUUGCAAAGAUCACUUGUAAGUCGGGAUAUGUUUAUGGUAGUGCAAGGGUCGCCUCCUUAUUGGCUUUGCGUUUGCUUUUGACGGUUUCGCUAACGGUUUUCUCGGCAGUGGACCAAAGUUGAUUUGAUUUUUGAGGUGGAGUUAGUAGCUUGCAGGCCAAGAAAGGGUUUCUUGUGUGUGGGAACUGUCUCUAAGGAGAGAGAGCAUGGCUUGAGUAAAGCAUUACUACACCACUGAUUACUGUGUUGAAGCAGCCAUAACAAUAUGUAUUUAUCAUGUUUGAUGAAUGCAGAUCACUGAAGAAACAGAGGAAAGACAAGAGGUCAAGGCAAGGGCAAGGGCAAGGGCAAAUGCAAAGCCUUGAACAAAUAUAAAGGCCUAUAUUCAUUCUAUUUUUGUUGAUUAAAAUGUUAAUUUUUUAUAGUGGUUUAUAUUAUAUCCUUUUUUUUU